AUGGCCACAGCAGAGGAUUAUGGCUUCUUGCGGCCUCCCAGCAAUGACGAAUAUGAGCCCGUAUACCGCAAACCCUCUUCCUACAAUCCUCUCCAGACUUUUACGUUACCUAUGGGUAGUGUCCGACACUAUCAACAGCAGUAUGGUGACAUGUACUUUUUGCGUCUCGCGAAGCUAAAGCCCGCGGUCGAAAAAGUUGCGAUGGAUGCAUGGGGUGGACUUACGAUCGCCGGAGAAUCUGCACGACGCGUGGACCGAGUACUCGACGUGCGACAGGGCGAGCUCUGUUGGAUGGCUGGCACAGUAUACAUGGACAUGCCAUUGAAGCCUAAUAUUUUGGAAGACCUGACAAAAGAGAAUUUCACAUCCGCUCCUCCUCCCCGCCGUACCUAUGCCGACCCGUCCGACCCGUCCGCGACUCAGAUCAUGAUGGAGGAUGAAUCUGGCCGUAUUCGCUUGACGGGCAAUCUCCUAUUAUCUACGCAGCUGGCCACGGGUGUCAUCAUUGCUGCGCUGGGAACGGAGACCGUGAACGGAGAGUUUGAGGUCAUCGAUAUCAAGGUUCCUGAUCUGGCUCCGCAACCCGAACGAUGGGCGCGAGGUGAAGCCGCAGCAGCGGAUGCGAAGCAGGGUGGUAAAGAAGUAUCAAAGGGCUCGGGGAAGAUUGCCUUUGUGAGCGGGCUUGGCAUUACGGGUACAUCGAGCGAUACACUCGCCUUGGAGCUUCUUACGGAUUAUCUUCUCGGUUACACUGGCGUUGAUGGGAGUGAGGACGCAUCGAGAAUCACACGACUUAUCAUUGCGGGCAACUCACUGGGGGCCAGUGUGACCGCAGAUGCUGCGUCAGCGGGUUCUGACAAUGCAGCCAAGAAGAAGCUGGCACCCAAGAAAUAUGGCUACGAUGCCUCUGCAUACAACUCAUCGCCCAUCACUCAACUCGAUAACUUCCUAGCAGAGAUCCUGCCUAGUAUCCCAGUCACCAUGAUGGCCGGUGAAAAGGACCCUGCCAACGUGUCUCUUCCCCAACAGGGGAUUCAUCGUGCAAUGUUCCCGCAAUCUCGGGCGUACUGCGCUCCUCCGCCAUCUGAUGAUAAGAAGGAGGAAGUGGGAUGGUUUGACAGCGUGUCGAAUCCUUGGGAGGGUGAUGUAGAAGGAUGGCGACUCUGGGGAUGCAGUGGCCAGAAUGUGGAUGACGUCCUGCGGUACUUGGACUUCCCAGCCGACGAUAUUGACCCUACUGUUCCACGAGAUGAUUCCGAGGCUCGACUACGGAUCAUGGAGGCCAUGCUUCGAUGGCGAUGCGGUGUCCCCACGGCGCCGGACACACUCUGGUCAUACCCGUUCCAAACAGUCGACCCAUUCGUUCUAGAAACCUCACCUCACAUCUUUUUCACGGGUAAUCAGCCUUCCUUCAAGACCGCCGUGAUCGAGGCCGAUGUCCCCUUCCGACUGGAUGGAGAUACCGAAAUGACCGAUGCCGCUGGCGAAACAUCCACGGGUCGUGUACGAUUACUAUCCAUCCCCAAGUUCAAAGAGACUGGGGAGUUGGUCUUGGUGGAUACCGAGAGCCUGGAGGUUGAAGUGAUCAGAUUCGGCACUUUUGCGGGCCAGGAGGAGAAAAAGUAA